AUGAAUGUACAACACAAACUGUGUGAAGCCAUGAAGGAAACAGAGGGGCCAAAGGGUGGGACAGAAAAGACACUGCAGUACGCAGGAAGGCUUUGGUUUGCUCAAGGGGCCAGGCAUAGGGAUGAACCUCUGAUGGGCUUGGUGCCCAAGCUGGGCAGCCUCCUCACCCAGCAGAUGUCCAGAGCCGACUUAGCUGCUGAGCUCUCUGUAAUUUUUUUUUCUUUAAAGAAAAGUUGCCAGCACUUGAACUUCACCAACCUUCCCAUUACCCACAUCUGUAAUUGGUCCACUUUGACUUUUUAUAUGCACAUCCUUUGA